AUUUGCCUUCGCUCCUCCCGGAAGUCAGCGGUGCCGCCCCCGAGGCUGCUGCUGCCCAGGUCGCCGUAUUCCCCGCGGGGCCGGCUGCGCUCUCGCCUCAGGCCGCCCACCCCGCUCCAGCCGCCGCCGCCUCUGCCUUGCAGCUGCGGGAAGAGGAGAUGGAGCGACCUCCAGGCACCGGGAGGCCGCGGCUCCCACAGCAACCGGCGGGACUGAGGAGAAAGACGCCAGGAAGCGGAAGGUUCUCGCCGGCCCGAGGGUCGCUUUGGGCUGCACCCCUUGGUUCCUGCCUGCGAGCAGCUGCUGGGACCCUCCCUGCCAAGUUGCUCCCCGAAAAGCUCCAAGGCUCUCGGGUCUGCAGGGAGGGACACUUUCCCCCUCACUGUGAGUCUGCAAACUCGGAGCCGGGCGGACCGCGAGGUCAGGAGAUUGAGACCAGCCUGGCUAACGCGGUGAAACCCGCCUCUACUAAAAAUGCAAAAACCAGCCAGGCGUGGUGGCACACACCGGUGGUCCCAGCUACUCAGAAGGCUGAGGCCGGAGAAUCGCUUGAACCCGGGAAGUGAAGGUUGCAGUGAGCCGAGGUCGCACCACUAAACUUCAGCCUCGGCGACAGAAUGAGACUCCGUCUCAAAAAAAAGACACAGCCAAGACUGACCAUGAGAAACCCUGGAAGCUCAGGAAGGAAGGAGCCACCCAGGAGCAGGGACAGGGAGCUGGCGGGGAAGGCCAGAAAUCAGGAAGCAAAAAAUUUGGAUAUCCCAGCUUUACGUCAAGAAAAACAAAGACACUGUAUCUUUAGAAUGCCUAAACACACUACCAGCCAUGCAAAUAACAUGAGACAGGCCAUGAGUUUUCCACCUGAUUAUCUGUAUCCUUGGCAUGGCUUUCUUGGCGUUCUGUGGAUGCUUUUAACUAUUGUGUUUCUGGGAGUUUCUACCGUUGGCCUUUUCCUCCGAAAAAUUACCUUCUGUCGCUGUGCUCAAGCCUUGGAGAGGGAGACGGCAGAGAGCAAGGCUGCCUACAAGCGGCACAGAUGGAGAAUCAGGAAAAAGAAAAGAGUGCCAGGGAGACACAUGAGUGAGGAGCCAGCCCAGAAACGCCUGUGCCUGAAGAACGCUUUCUGGCGAGGUGGGAGCUCCCGUGAAGGCAGCCGCUCAGUUUCCGCUGCAGGACCCACACGCCCUGCUUCUCCUUUUGGGGCAGAUUCAGGACCUCAUUCGGUUCCCAUGAGGAACAGCAGCUGCGUCCCAAGUGAAAUCACAGAGAAGACAAAGGUUAACAUGGCUGCAGCACAGCGUCAUCACUGCUCAGCAUUGCCCUGCUCACCCUACCUCAUGGCUGACCCUUCAGGACCACUGAUGGCUUGCCCGCCACCUCCUCCGUCUGGGUGUCGCCUGGGAGCUCCACCAUUUUCAUCAGCUAAAGGUGUUCUGGGACCUCUGACAACUCCUCGACUCCAGUGUCCACUAGGACCUCUGCGAGCUUCGUCAGAUGAUGAGUUUUCGAGACCACAGACACCUACACCCGCAUGUCUUCUGGCUGCUUUACCACCUUCUUCAGCCAAUGAUUUUCUGAGCUUAUACACAAUUCCACCUGAGUGUCUAUGCACGCCUCUGCCAGCUUUGUCAGAUGAUGAGUUGUCGAGACCACAGACACCUACACCCAAAUGUCUUCUGGCAGCUUUUCCACCUUCUUCAGCCAAUGAUUUUCUGAGCCCAUACACAAUUCCACCUGAGUGUCUAUGCACACCACUGCCAGCUUCGUCAGAUGAUGAGUUUUCGAGACCACAGACACCUACACCUGAAUGUCUUCUGGCAGCUUUUCCACCUUCUUCAGCCAAUGAUUUUCUGAGCCCAUACACAAUUCCACCUGAGUGUCUAUGCACGCCUCUGCCAGCUUCGUCAGAUGAUGAGUUUUCGAGACCACAGACACCUACUCCUAAGUGUCUUCUAGCUUCUUUACCACCUUCUUCAGCCAAUGAUUUUCUCGGCUUAUACACAAUUCCACCUGAGUGUCUAUGCACGCCUCUGCCAGCUUCGUCAGAUGAUGAGUUUUCGAGACCACAGACACCUACACCUGAAUGUCUUCUGGCUGCUUUACCACCUUCUCCAGCCAAUGAUCUUCAGAGUCUGUACGCAACUCCACUCAAAUGUCUACAGACACCUCUACCACUGUCUACAGAUGAUGAUCUUUGAAA